AUGUCGCAGUUCGAAAUGUCCGCGUUCUCUGCAGAACUGUACGCAGAGCCGGGGUUAAAACGCGAAGAAAACGGCAUGCUCAUGUCGUCCGCCCGUCCCAAAAUACCAAAGGCCAAUAAUUUAAGCCCUUUCAAAUACCCGUUUUCGCCGACGGGGUCGGAAGGCAGCCCCACCCUGCGCUCGGUGUUCGCCUCACCUAGAAACCCCAAGAUGGCCGGUACCCGCCGCGUGUACCGCAAGCUGCAGUUGCCGCCGUGCCUGGACGCAGCUUUGGGGGAUGAGUGGGAGGUUGAGGAGCCGCGGUAUGGAUCUGCCGCCAAGGCUCAGCCUCUGCCGCCUAUCUACGUGUCCGGGGUGACGCUGUCUGUGCAGGAGAGGAUCUCAUUGUACUGCGAUCAGAUCCUGCGACAUUGCAAGGCUGACGAAGUGGAUGAAGCACUUUGUAGGUACCUUUCAGAGAAGUUAAAGAAGAAAAAUAAGUGGAUUGGGGUUUGGAAAGCAAAUCCUGAGCUUUUUUUUCAUAAAUAUGAAGAACGUGCUAUACAGUAUGUUGGACUUCUUGUUGAGGUUACUUGCAAGCCUUGCCCAAAUGUAUCUUCUUACUUAAUAGCCAGAAUUCACAUUGCAGAACCAUUUUCUUCAAAUAUUGCUAACAUGCAAAGAGAGUUAUUUGAUGAUUUUCUUGAACAACUUGGUCACUGUGUGCCUCUGCUAGAGAUCUACCCUAUUGAAGGACAGGAUGAUGUGACCUGUGAAAUUGCACAAGCCUUGGAAAUUUUAAGAUUCUUUUUUGAUUACCUUUGGAGAGACUGGGAUGACGAAGAAAACUGUGAAAAUUAUUCUGUCGUUAUUGAAGAAAGGAUCAAAUUGUAUGGUGACAUUCAGGAUGGAAACAUUCCUUUUCCUAUUGCUCAGCGUUUUAAGAAAACUCUCGAGAAAUACAGGAACAAGCAUUUAGAACUAAUUGAAUUUCAGAGUAAGAUAAAGGACGACCCUUCAGUUUCAGAAGCUGUUGAUUGUUGGCAUAAAUUCUAUGAAGUCCAAAUGUUAAGUGGCUUAUUGAAAAUGUGGGAAUAUUUACGGCUCAGAGCUCAUGGACCAUUUUUCCCAAGAGUUCUAAGACGUAAAAAAGGUCCAAGAAAUUCAGGAGAAGUUGUGACACAUGUUGUGGCAAAAAUAAUGACUGCAAACAUGGUGAAAGAAUAUGCUCCAGACACACUAAUUCAGCAGCAUAAUAAUUUGGAUACUGCUUUAGAGAAUAGUUAUUGUGGGGAUACUAUAGUGAUUUUUCCUGGGGAAUAUAAGGCUGAAGCAAUGGCUAUGUUGACAGAAGACAUCACCAUUAAAGGCAUUGGGAAGAAAGAAGAAAUAAUAAUUGCUUCACUUCCUUCGAGCGAUAAUUUUGUUGUUUCCAGAGCACAAAAUAUAAAAAUCAUCCACCUCACAUUAAGACAGAAAGGGACGUUUGAUGGCAUAGUAGUUGUGGAAUCUGGCCAUCUGGCUCUUCAAGAUUGUGAUCUCCAGUGUGAUGGGACUGGCGUUUGUGUUCUUACCGGAGCAGCUUUAACAAUGAAAGAUUGUGAAAUAAGUGGCUCACAGGGUGCAGGUAUUGAAAUAUACCCAGGCAGUGGCGCCAUACUUGACGGAAACAAGAUCCAUACCUGUAAUAACUUCAAAUCUACCGAUGGCUUAGCAAGCGUCCAAGGAGGUGGGAUUAAGUUGAAGGUUAUUCCUGCACCAGUAGUGAAGCUGAGCAAUAACCACAUAUACAACAACAAGGGUUACGGUAUUACUAUUGUGCAGCCUAAAAGGAGAUUAAUUAACAUGCUGAAUUUUAUGAUGGAAGACGCAGCAGCUGGAGACAGGAAGGAGGAAGACAUGCUGACAGCAGCUAUAGAAAGUCUCAGCCUGGACAUUGACAGCAACAGUGUAAAAGAAAACUCUCUGGGAAAAGUUGGAACAGUCCUGACAUAGAAGCACAUAGUGGAAUGGUGGUCGGGGCAACUUUAUUUCUGCGUUUAAUAUGAGUUUAAGUUUGCGUUAAAGAGGACCUGUCACCCAAAAAAUGCAAUGCAAUCUGCAGGCAGC